UUAUGAUAGCUGCGGGGAGAAGGGGACAGCGGCAGCGACAAGUAGCCACCUGGAUGUAACUGGCAGCUGGCAGCCAUCUGGUUAUGAUUAUGGCUGCUAGAUUGAGAACCGACCACUUGUCACAGCCGGAGGCUUGUCCUUGCCUGCAGUACUACUGUGUGAAUCAGAGUGCGGUGAAGGGCCGAUGCAGGGCCGUAGCCCCAGGCCGCUAAGCUGAGAGGGAGAAGCAGGAGGAUGCAGUGGGUCACUCUGGCAGUGGCCCUGGGGUGUGUGUGUCUAUCCCGGGCAUCACACACCCCCACCCCCACCCCCACCUCCACACACACCCCUCUAGUGGACAACUCCGAGGAGGAAGUGGACGAGCCGUGCUUCGAGCCGUGCACCUGCGAGGUCAAAGAAGGCGUGCUGCACGUGCACUGCGAUGGGCGGAGCUUCACUAAUGUCAGCCAGGUGUCACAGUCGUGGGUCCGCCCUUUCAAACUCAACCUCCAGAGGAACUCUCUGAGGCGUCUCUAUAGCAACGGGUUCCAGCACCUUGGCAACGCAGUGUCGAUAAACCUUGGCAACAAUGCACUCCAGGACAUCAGAGUGGGAGCUUUCAAUGGGUUGGCCAAACUGAGGCGCCUGUACCUCCACGAGAACAAGCUGGAGGUCUUCAGGAAUGACACUUUCUCCGGGUUAGAGGCUCUGGAAUACCUCCAGGCCGACUACAACGUGAUCAAACGAAUCGACAGCGGCGCUCUGAGGUUCCUCUACAAGCUCCGGGUUCUCAUCCUCAACGACAACCUGAUCCCCGUUUUGCCUGCUCAUCUGUUCAGAUCUGUGUCUCUGACUCAUCUGGACCUGCGGGGAAACCGUCUGAAGAGCCUGGCAUAUGCUGGGACGCUGGAGUACGUUGGUCGUUCCCUAAUGGAGCUACAGCUGGAGGAGAAUCCCUGGAACUGUGGCUGCGAGGCAGUGCAGCUACAGCAGUGGCUGGGUCAGAUCCCUUACACGGCGGUAGUCGGGGACGUUACCUGCGAGUAUCCCUUCCACCUUCAUGGCAAGGACUUGAGGGAGAUACCACGCAAGGAGCUGUGCGCUGACCUCCCGGAUAAAGAGCUGCAAGCAGAGGGGGGAGGUGCAGCAGCAGGAUCACAGCCCCAACACUUGCCCCCAAACUCUAAACCCAACUCCCACCCUGGGCGAGUCAGGCCGACUAAACCCUCCUCCAUGGUCCACGGCUCCCGCCAGAACACCCAUACCUCCUCCACUUCAUCGUCAUCUUCCUCAGCAGAGCGCAGAGACAGAGAGAGGCAGCCGAGGCCGACUAAAAGGCCUCGACCCUCCAGAACAUCCCCCACAUCCCGCAGCCUGAUGCCCAACCAGAAUCCCCCCGUGGCCGGCUAUCAAACGCGACCCCCCAUCCCCAUCAUUUGUCCCCUGGGCUGCACUUGCAACCUGCACAUCACAGACCUGGGCCUGACCGUCAACUGCAAAGAGAACGGUUUCCUCAAUGUGUCCCAGCUCACACCUCGGCCUCUCAACGGCCGCAAGCUGUACCUGAGCGGAAACCUAAUCCAGAGGAUCUACCGCGCAGACUUCUGGAAUUUCUCCAGCCUCGACCUGCUUCACCUGGGGAACAACCGCAUCUCGUACCUCCAGGAGGGUGCCUUCUCCAGCCUCUCGAGCCUGAGGAGCCUCUACCUGAACGGGAACAACCUGGAGAGGCUCAGUCCCCACAUGUUCCUGGGGCUGCAGAAUCUGAGGUACCUUUAUUUUGAGUACAACGAGAUCCGCGAGGUCGAUCCAGGGACCUUUGACUCCAUGCCAUCCCUCCAGCUGUUGUUCCUAAACGCCAACCUGCUUCGGAGCCUCCCCCUCGGCGUGUUCUCUGGAGUUAAUCUAGCUCGACUCAAUCUGAGAAACAACCACCUCCUACAGCUUCCUAUGGAGGGCGUGCUGGAGCACCUCACCGGCCUGGUGAAGGUGGACCUGCAGCAGAACCCGUGGGAGUGCAACUGUGAAGCAGCUCCACUGAAGCGUUGGCUGGAGGGGCUCAGCGCCGUGGUGGUGAUGGGAGAGGUGGUCUGCCACUCCCCGGAAAAGACCAAAGGAGUAGACCUCCGCUCCCUCUCCAUGGAGCUGCUGUGCCCUGAGCUGGAGCCCCAGGAGGACCAGGAGCAGGAGGAGCAGACAGCCACCUCCACAGCCUCAGACAGCGGUGUGUCGGUUGGAUACCCCGGCGCAGGGCUGGGCCCCCUGAUCCCUCCGGGGAAGGAUUCAAUCCCUCUGUCGGUGUUAGUGCUCAGCCUGCUGGUGUUGUUUGUGUCGGCAUUCUUCGCGGCAGCGGCACUAAUCGCCUACGCCCUAAGGAGGAGGGACAAGCUGCCAUUCCGUCGCCAGGGAGAGGUAGACUUGGCGGGCAUCCAGAUGGAGUGUGGGAUCUUCACGGAGCAGACGCACCACCACCACCAUCACCAUCACCACGGCCUCCCAGAGACGCCACCCCUACCUCCGCCCGAACACAACCACGUGUACGACACCAUCUUGCCCCCGGAGGCUGCAUCGAAAGGUCCCAACCCCGCUGCAGCCCCACAUAUGUGUAGCAACCCCAUCUAUAAGGAGGAGCAGGAUGCAGCCGUGAAACAGCGGCCGCCGCCGCAGCAGCAGCAGACGUUUGCAGCUUCCAAAGAGACAGAGGGAGGAUACUGCUUUGCGGCGGAGAAGGAGAGGGAGUGGACACUGGAGGUGUCCUCAUCGCCCAUCAACACCGUCACAGGAGCAAUGGGACCGCUCCCCGGCCUCCACGGGAACGGUAUCCUCUGCCCCACGGUGAUCGACAGCCAGGGCCCCACCCCUAAUGUGGAACUGGUGGACUGCCUCUUCAGACUUCCUGCCCCUGAGUUCAGAGACCUGCCAGACAGGUACGCGAGGCCGCCGCCCCGCUACCCUCACCCACAAGACUCCAAACAGGACGCCAGACCCGACCAAACGCUCGUGGUCACCACCACCAGCUCCACAGCAGGUGGUGGUAACAGCAGCCAGAGCGAGCAGGGAGCCAGACUGAGGACCACGCCAGACUACAUGGAGGUUCUGGACAGGUCUUACCAGUUUUAACCCCCCUUCCCACCCCCUUCCUCCUCCUCCUCCUCCUCCUCCUCUUCCCGCUACCCCUCUUCUCUUGUCUCCUCAUCAUCUCCCUCUCUGGUGAUGAAUCAUUCAGUAACAAUGACUCCUGUACAGAGGCUGGCGUGGCUUUGAGAGGAGCCUGUGGGGGAGCAGGACUACACUACACAUGUUUAUUCCUGGAUAACGAGCUGAGGUCAGUUUUUGUAUUUUCCCCACUACUGGCGUAUAGGUUGGUAUUUGGCAAGGAUUAUCUGAUCCCAGAUCUCUGCCUGGAGGCGAAACUUCAGCUGCAGCUACUACAGAAUUUUUUCCUCUAUUUCGCCUCGCAAUCGUAAAACUACUGAGGCUCCGUUUUUUUCUACUCAGCGCCACAACGAGCAGGAGACAGCACCGCGGUGGGCGUCAGUGUUCAUAUUAUCAAUCUCGCAAAAAGACCUGCGUGGAGGUGAAACCCGCCGGCUCCUCGCAACAUCAAACACAGAGUCAUAAACUGUGACGGGCAGAAGGUGUGGAGCAAACUGGGUGGACGAUGGAGAACCGACGGAGACCAAACGAGAGGGAGAGGGACGACUGAAAACAGCCAAGUGCCUUAGCAAUGAACAGCCAGCAGUGUGGUCAAUGCUUAUUUUUCUAUGAAUACAGAUCUAUUUAUCUAAACAAAGAGGUUUGACUACCAACGGAUGGGACGCUGAUGGACGACUGAGACUGAAACCAAUCAAAAAGCCGCCGAAUGAUUGCAUUCCCUGGAUGAGCCAAAAAUAAUACUAUACCCAGUCAAUAUUGGAGUUGUUUGUAUGCAGUUCAGUUCAUUUUCAUCUCAUCCGGUUAACUUAAUUUGCUUAUCCAGUUGAAUUUUUUUACAGGGCUAGACGAGGGACAUUUCCAGGAAUAGUUUGGUUGCUGUGUGAAAUUAUGAAAAGGUUUUAUGGAUGAAAGGAUACAGAGAUUAUGAUUAUUUUUUUUCCUCUAAGCGCAAGGCGAAACAAAGGAAGGCCGACACACAGAAGGACACUGUUGCAAUGGAUGCAUUUUGGAUUUCUUAAUCAGCCAGACUUAAUGAGGCCACAAGGACCUCUGCUCCCCCCGUUUUCUUUCAUCGGACAAAGGCACAGAGGUUAUUGUAUUGAUUUUUACGUAUUUCUCAGAGGAAAAUUGAACGGCAAAAAAAGAAACAAUGGACUAAAAAAAAAACAACACACACACAGGACGUAAACGCAUUUUUUUUGUCAGAAAAAAAAAGACAGACACUUCUAUCAACUAUCGAUUAUUAUCUUUUACGGAGGUACCUUUUUAUGCUUUCAUCUCCUACCAAUAGUAGAGGCAGUUGUGAAUAUAUUUAUUCUUAGUUUUUGCGUGUUGAAGCUCUCCUGUAAGGGAUCAUGUUAUAUUAAUGUAUAGGAUGAUUCUGCAUCUGGUUCAGCCUUCUUACCGCCGACCCACGAAAUACAAUAAAGGGUGCUACGUAAAAACCUU